AUGUCCCCAAAAGGUAGCAUAAACACACCCACAGACACACACACUCACACACACACACACACACACACACUCGAGAGACUGCAGUUCAGAGACCUGCUGAGAGUCACCGACAACAUCAUCGACAGAGCCCUGGAGCUCAAGGAUCUGAACAGUCGCGCUCAGGCCGAGGUCACCAUCCGUGAAGCCCUGCGUGAGCUGGAGCUGUGGGGCGCUGGAGCCUGCUUCACCCUGACGGACUACACAGACAGUCAGGGGGGCUCUCUGCGCCUCAUCAAGGACUGGAGGGACGUGGUCAACCAGGUGGGCGACAACCGCUGCCUGCUGCAGUCGCUCAAAGACUCGCCCUAUUACCUGCGCUUCCAGGACAAAGUGUCACUGUGGGAAACCCGUCUGGCCGACCUCGACGAGUACCUCCAGAACCUCAACACCAUCCAGAGGAAGUGGGUCUACCUGGAGCCCAUAUUUGGGCGUGGGGCUUUGCCGCGGGAACAGGCCCGCUUUCAGAGAGUGGAGCAGGAUUUCAGGGCCAUCAUGUCAGACGUCCAGAGGGACAGCAGGGUCACGUCUCUCAGCACUCGAGCAGGAAUCAGGAACUCCCUCGUCACCAUCCUGGACCAGUUACAGCGCUGCCAAAAAUCCCUCAAUGAGUUCCUGGAGGAGAAGCGUUCUGCAUUUCCUCGGUUUUACUUCAUUGGAGACGACGAUCUACUGGAGAUUCUCGGACAGGCCACAAACCCUGCUGUCAUACACACACACCUGAAGAAACUCUUCGCAGGCAUCAGCAGUGUGGAGUUUGAUCCGAGUUUUCAGAGCAUCACAGCCAUGAAGUCCCAGGAGGGUGAGACCGUGCCGCUCCAGAACACCGUCAGCAUCUCCAACGACGUGGAGGUUUGGCUGAGUGCUCUCUCCACAGAGAUGAAAAACACUCUGAAACAUCUCCUGUGUGACUGUGUGGAUGCUGCAAAGAGAGGAAACGUGGAUCCCACGCGCUUCCCUGCUCAGGUUCUGUGUCUGGCAGAGCAGAUCCAGUUCACUGCGGAUGUGGAGAACGCCAUCCGACAGCAGAACCUUCAUCAGCUGGAGCUGGAGCUCACCGCCAAACUGGAGAGCUACAUCGGCGUAGACACCAACACGGACGACACCGCAGAAUCAAGAGUUCUGCAGUUGAAGCUGAAGGCUCUGAUUCUGGACGUGAUUCACAACAUCUCAGUGGUUCAGGGUCUGAGAGAAGCUCAGAUUGAUAACACCGAUGACUGGAUCUGGAAGAAACAGCUGCGAUUCUACCUGACCGCAGACCGGCGCUGCUCCAUACAGAUGGUGGACGCGGAGUUCAGCUACACGUAUGAGUAUCAGGGUAAUGCUCCUAAACUGGUUCACACACCCCUGACGGAUAAGUGCUAUCUGACACUGACACAGGCCAUGAAAAUGGGUUUGGGCGGGAAUCCCUACGGCCCGGCGGGAACCGGGAAGACUGAGUCCGUCAAAGCCCUGGGAGGACUGUUCGGAAGACAAGUGCUGGUCUUCAACUGUGAUGAGGGUAUAGAUGUGAAGUCCAUGGGCCGAAUCUUCGUGGGGCUGGUGAAGUGUGGAGCGUGGGGUUGUUUUGAUGAGUUCAAUCGUCUAGAAGAGGCUGUGCUCUCCGCCGUCUCCAUGCAGAUACAAGCCAUCCAGAACUCACUGAAAAACCACCGGACCAUCUGCCAGCUGCUCAAUAAAGAGGUGGAGUUGGACCCAAAUUCGGGCGUCUUUAUUACUCUGAACCCAGCGGGUAAAGGAUACGGAGGAAGGCAGAAGCUUCCGGAUAAUCUGAAGCAGCUCUUCCGACCGGUGGCCAUGACGAGUCCCGAUAACGAGCUCAUCGCUGAGGUCAUCCUGUAUUCAGAAGGGUUUAAAGAAGGAAAGGCACUCGGACGAAAACUGGUCGCUAUAUUCAAUCUGGCGAGAGAGCUGUUGACGCCGCAGCAGCACUACGACUGGGGUUUGCGUGCGCUAAAGACGGUUCUGAGAGGCUGUGGCAGUUUGCUGCAGUUACAGAGACAAAACAACAACCCCUUGAAGGAGAGCGGGAUAGUGGUUCAGGCCUUGAGGUUGAACACCAUGUCAAAGUUGACGUUUGCCGACAGCUCUCGGUUUGACGCUCUGGUCAGAGACGUGUUUCCUGGAGUCGACUUUAAGGACGUGGAGUAUGAGAUGCUCAGAUCGGCUCUGCUGGCUGUUUACGAAGAGGCACGGCUGGAGAUCAUACCCAGUCAGAUGAAGAAGGCUCUGGAGCUGUACGAGCAGCUGCGGCAGAGGAUGGGUGUGGUGGUGGUGGGGCCCAGCGGGGCGGGGAAGUCCACCCUGUGGAGGAUGCUGCGGGCGGCGCUGGGCAAGAUGGGCCGCGUGGUCAAACAGUACACCAUGAACCCGAAAGCCAUGCCACGGCAGCAGCUCCUGGGCCACAUAGACAUGGACACACGAGAGUGGUCCGACGGGGUUCUGACGUCCUCCGCACGACAGGUGGUGCGAGAGCCACAGGAGGUGAGCUCGUGGAUUAUAUGUGAUGGAGACAUUGAUCCGGAGUGGAUCGAGUCAUUAAACUCUGUGCUGGAUGAUAACCGCUUACUCACGAUGCCCAGCGGUGAGAGGAUUCAGUUCGGCCCCAACGUCAACUUCCUGUUUGAGACCCACGAUCUGAGCUGCGCCUCACCAGCCACCAUCUCCCGCAUGGGCAUGAUCCUCCUCAGUGAUGAAGACACUGACGUGGGCUCUCUGGUGAAGUCGUGGCUCAAACGGGAGGAUGAAGACAACAGGAUGAAUCUGGAGAACUGGCUCAAUGAUUAUUUCCACAGAGCUCUGGACUGGGUUCUCAAACAGAGUGACUUUGUGGUGGACACCAGUCUGGUCGGGACGGUGCUGAACGGUUUGUCCCAUCUGAGAGGGGUCCGAGAGCGAGGACAGUUUGUCGUGGGACUCAUCCGUGGUUUGGGAGGAAAUCUCCCGCUCAAAAGCCGCCAGGAGUUCGCCAAGGAGGUUCUGAGUUGGGCCAGAGAAAGUCCUCCUGACCCCCGCAAGCCCCUGGACACGUACUACGACCCCGCGUCCGGCCGUCUGUGUGUGUAUGAGCUGCAGCGAGGGGACGGUGUGUGUGUGGACGACCUCAGUAACCCACACAAUCUCCCCGUCAUACACACACCAGACACACAGCGCGGACUCGACCUCUUCACCCCGUGGCUCUCGUCCAAUCACAGGCAGCCGUUCCUGCUGGUGGGGCCGGAGGGAUGCGGGAAAGGGAUGCUCCUGCGCUGUGCCUUCUCUCAGCUCCGCUCCACACAGGUGGCUGUGGUGCACUGCAGCGCUCAGACGUCCUCCCGUCACGUCCUGCAGAAACUCUCACACACCUGUCUGGUCAUCAGCUCCAACACGGGACGUGUGUACCGGCCCAAAGACUGCGAGAGGCUACUGCUGUACCUCAAAGACAUCAACCUGCCCAAACCUGACAAGUGGGGCACCAGCAACCUGAUCGCCUUCCUGCAGCAGGUCUUGACCUAUCAGGGCUUCUAUGAUGAGAACCUGGAGUGGGUCGGACUGGAGAACAUCCAGAUCGUGGCGUCCAUGUCAGCAGGCGGUGCUGUGGGGCGGCACACACUCACGUCACGCUUCACCUCCAUCGUGAGGAUUUCCACCAUUGAUUAUCCAGACAGAGAGCAGCUUCAGACCAUCUACAGCGCAUAUCUGAAACCCGUGCUGCAAAGGACUCUGGGUAAUGAUCCGACCUGGAGCUCUGCAGGGAAGAUCCACCAGCUCGCCGGCUCAUUGGUGCAGGUGUACGAACAGGUGAAGGCUAAAUUCUCCGUCGAUGAUUACAGUCAUUAUCUGUUCACCCCGUGCUUGCUCACACAGUGGGUCCUGAAUCUGCUGCGAUACGACCUGAGCGCAGGUACAUCGGCUGUAGACUCAGUGCUGGAGGUGGUGGCGUAUGAAGCCCGGCGUCUCUUCAGGGACCGUAUCGUGUCCUCUAAAGAUCUGAAUGUGUUUGAAAACAUCCUGUCCUCCGUCAUCAGGGGCGACUGGGGCUCGGAUGCUCUCGACAACAUGACAGAUACGUACUUUGUAACGUGGGCCGCGUCUCACGAGGGACGUUCCCCUGGUCAGCCGCUCCCGCCUCACGGAAAACCGCUCGGGCGCCUCAACGCCGCUGACCUCACUGAGAUCAUACACAAGGGAAUAGUUCUGUAUGGCCGUGAUAAUCGUGAGCUGGACAUCCUGUUGUUUCCGGAGGUUCUGGACUACAUGUGUCGAGUGGACCGUGUCCUGAGCUCUCCGGGCGGGUCACUGCUGCUAGCGGGUCGUAGCGGUGUUGGUCGACGUACAGCUACAUGUGUGGUCAGCCACAUGCACGGGGCGUCUCUCUUCACCCCCAAAAUCUCCCGCUCGUACUCGAUGAAACACUUCAAAUCUGACCUGAAGACUGUCAUGCAGUCGGCCGCUGUGGACGGACAGCAGGUCGUUCUGCUGCUGGAAGAUCAUCAGUUUGUUCAUCCUUCCUUCCUGGAGAUGGUCAACAGUCUGUUGUCCUCAGGUGAAGUCCCAGGUCUGUACUCCACUGAAGAGCUGGAGCCUCUUCUGUCAUCUCUGAAAGAUCAGGCGUCACAGGAUGGAUUCACCGGGCCAGUUCUUAACUAUUUCUCCCACCGCGUUCAGCAGAACCUCCAUGUGGUUUUGAUCCUGGACUGCACUAACGAGCACUUCACCAUUAACUGUGAGAGUAACCCCGCCCUCUACAGGAAGUGCUCAGUCCAGUGGAUGGAGGCCUGGUCCGACAGCAGCAUGAAGAAGAUCCCAGAGAUGCUGCUGUCAAGGAUGGAAGCAGAAGACGAGAAAGAUGGAGGCAAACAGAAGAAGAAGAAGAAACCUGGAUCGGUGCACGCAGAGCUCUAUCGCUCCUUCCUGGCGAUUCACGAGUCGUGUCGGGAUUUCGGAGCCACACCCAGUCAAUACCUGAGCUUCCUGCAGGUGUACCAGACCAUCUACAGCUCCAAACGGACAGAGCUGACCCACAAACAACAGCACCUACAGGCGGGCGUGGCCAAGCUGAACGAAGCCAAGGCAUUGGUGGAUGAGCUGAAGAGGCGGGCGGCCGAGCAGAGCAGCUUACUGAAGACCAAACAGACCGAGGCUGACGCCGCCCUGCAGGAAAUAACCUCGUCAAUGCAGAACGCCAGCGACCAGAAGACAGAGAUGGAGAAGAUCAAAGAGAGGAUGGCACACGAGGUCUCCAAGAUCGAAGAGAGGAAGAAGAAAAUAGACGAGGAGCUCCGAGAGGUUCAGCCCCUGGUGGACGAGGCAAAGCAGGCGGUGGGGAACAUCAAACCAGAGUCUCUGUCUGAGAUCCGCUCGCUGCGCAUGCCGCCCGACGUCAUCAGAGACAUCCUGGAGGGCGUGCUGAGGCUCAUGGGAAUAUUUGACACGUCCUGGGUCAGCAUGAAGAGUUUCUUAGCCAAGCGAGGAGUGAGGGAAGACAUCGCCACGUUUGAUGUGCGCAGUAUCAGUCACGAGAUACGACAGAGCGUCGAGGAGCUGCUGCAUAGAAACAAGGCAUCCUUCGACCCCAAGAACGCCAAGCGUGCGAGUGCAGCCGCCGCUCCUCUAGCUGCGUGGGUGAAGGCUAACGUCCAGUACUCACACGUCCUGGAGAAGAUCCAGCCGCUGGAGACGGAGCACGCAGGACUGAUGGAAAACCUGCGCAAGACGGAGAACCGGAAGAACAGGCUGGAGAAAGAGCUGAACUCUGUCGGAGAGAAAGUCCUGGAGCUGAAGGAGAAGUUUCAGUGUCGUACGACUGAAGCGGCUAAACUGGAGUCAGAGGUGAGCAGAGCACAAGAGACCAUCAGCGCAGCCGAGAAGCUCCUGCAGCAGCUGGACGGAGAACACACACGCUGGAUCGCACAGGUGGAUGAGAUCAGUGAGGAGCUGGACACUCUUCCUAAGAGAGCUCAACUGUCUGCUGCUUUCAUCACGUAUCUUCCUGCCGCUCCUGAAGACCAGCGGCGCAGCAGCCUCGACCACUGGAUGAGCAGCUCAGGACUACAGAAGUUCGAUCUGCGUCAGUUCCUGUGUUCUGAGAGCGAGCAGCUGAUCUGGAAGAGUGAAGGCUUGCCGUCUGACGACCUGUCGAUGGAGAACGCUCUGGUCAUCCUGCAGAGUGCUUCUUGUCCGUUCUUGAUCGAUCCGUCCUCUCGUGCGACAGAGUGGUUGCGAACGCAUCUGAAAGCGCAUCGUCUGGAGGUCAUAAACCAACAGGAUGCUAACUUCAUGACGGUGUUGGAGUUAGCCGUGCGCUUCGGUAAGACUCUGGUCAUUCAGGAGAUGGACGGUGUUGAACCCGUCCUGUACCCGCUGCUGCGGCGAGAUCUCAUCGCACAGGGGCCGAGAUACGUGGUACAGAUCGGAGACAAAGUCAUCGACUAUAACGAGGAUUUCCGUCUGUUUCUGGCGACCCGUAACCCCAGUCCCUUCAUCCCACCGGACGCAAAGUCCGUCAUCACAGAGGUCAACUUCACCACCACUAGAGCAGGACUUCGAGGACAGCUGCUAGCGUUGACCAUCCAGCAGGAGAAACCAGAGCUGGAGAGCCAAAAAACCAAGCUCCUGCAGCAGGAAGAGGAGAAGAAGAUCCAGCUCGCUCAGCUGGAGGAGUCUCUGCUGGAGACUUUAGCGACCGCUCAAGGGAAUAUCCUGGAGAACAAGGAGCUGAUUGAGUCUCUGAACCAGACUAAAGCCAGCAGCGCUCUGAUCCAGCGAUCUCUGACUGAAUCGCAUCGCCUGCAGACGUCACUCGACCAGGAACGAGACGCGUACCUGCCGCUAGCCGAGACGGCCAGCAAGAUGUACUUUGUGAUCACGGAUCUGUCCAAGAUUAAUAACAUGUACCGAUUCAGUCUGGCCUCGUUCCUGCGACUCUUUCACAGAGCGCUGCAGACCGAACAGGGAAGCGAGAGCACCGAUGUCAGGAUCUCCACGCUGGAGAGCCGUCUGAAGAACAUGGUGUACGAGUAUAUCUGCCGCUCACUUUUUAAGGCGGAUCAGUUGAUGUUUGCGCUGCACUUUGUAAAGGGAAUGAACCCAGAACUCUUCCAGGAGAAUGAAUGGGACGUGUUCACUGGUCUGAUCGUUGGAGACAUGAUUCGCAAGACAGACUCCCAGAAGUCUCUGCGAGAACAGUUUCCAUCUUGGAUUGAUCAGGAGAGGCUGAUAGCCGUGGCUCUGCUCAAGAGCACAUUUCCAGUGCUGUAUCAGUCUCUCUGUCUGAACGACUCAGACCUGUGGCUCACGUUCUCGCACAGUUCCUGCUGCGAACAGGAAAUCCCGCCCCCCAUUGCCAAGAAGAUCUCACUCUUUCAGCAGGUUUUGGUGGUUCAGGCGUUACGGCCGGAUCGCUUACAGAGUGCGAUGGCUGCCUUUGCAUCUCAAGCUUUGGGGAUGAGGGAACUGUCUCCUCCUCCGCUGAAUCUGAAGCGUCUGUAUGAAGAGACUCUGGAGUCUGAGCCUGUCCUUCUGAUCAUCUCUGCCGGAGCGGAUCCAUCUCAGGAGCUCCUGGAACUCGCCAGUCAGAUCGUGGGGAGAGAAAACUACCAUGAGCUGGCGAUGGGUCAGGGUCAGGCAGACGUGGCUCUUCAGACGCUCAGGGAGUGUGUUCGCUCCGGUGAAUGGCUGUGCUUGAAGAACCUGCACCUGGUCACAGCGUGGCUCCCCCUGCUGGAGAAGGAGCUCAACAGUAUGAAGCCCAAAGCCGGUUUCAGAGUCUGGUUGACUGCUGAAGUUCAUGCAAAGUUCACUCCCAUACUGCUCCAGUCCAGCCUGAAGGUCACCUAUGAGGCUCCUCCAGGCCUCAAGAAGAACCUGAAGCGGACGUAUGAGUCCUGGAGCGCGGAGCAGAUCAGUAAAGGCGGUCACCUGACUCGAGCUCAGUCGCUCUUAUGUCUGGCCUGGUUCCACGCCGUCUGUCAGGAGAGACGCAACUAUAUUCCACAGGGUUGGACGAAGUUCUACGAGUUCUCUCUGUCAGACCUGAGAGCCGGCUAUGAGAUCAUUGACAGUCUAUUUGAAGGUGGGAAGGCGUUUCAGUGGGAAUUUGUGCAUGGUCUCUUGGAAAACGCCAUCUACGGCGGACGCAUCGAUAAUGUGUGUGACCUGCGAGUCCUUCGCUCGUACCUACAGCAGUUCUUUAACGCUCAGCUCCUCUCACAGUCACACACACACUCACGUGUCAAGAAAACACACACUUUCCCGGCUCAGAUAACCCUGCCCAACUCCUGCAGCAUAGCGGAUUAUCGUGCAUUGGUGGACGCUCUUCCUGAAGACGACAGACCCAGUUUCUUCGGCCUGCCUGCAAACAUUGAGCGCUCUGCACAGAGAAUCAUCAGCUCACAGGUGAUCUCUCAGCUGAGGAUUCUGAGUAGGUCUGUAGCAGCUGGCUCCAAAUUUGACAGAGAGAUCUGGUCUAACGCACUCUCACCUGUGCUCAACCUGUGGAAACGUCUCAACCAGGGUUCCUCAUUGAUCCAUCAGAAGGUGGCUCCGCCCACUGAGGGCGUCGGCUCUCCCGUUCUCUCAUUCGUCCAGCUGGAGCAGUUUAAUGCAGUGCGAUUGGUCCAGAGCAUUCACCAAUCGCUGGCCUCGCUCAGUAAGGUCAUCAGAGGCACGUCCCUCCUGACCGCUGACGUACACAAACUGGCCACUGCGCUCCUCAACCAAGAGUGUCCGUUGAGUUGGCAGAAUAAAUGGGAAGGCCCUGAAGACCCGAUGCAGUAUUUGCGAGCCGUCGUGUCCCGAGCGCUUGCGAUUCAGGGAUGGGUGGAGAGGGCAGAGAGGGGCGGACUGCUGUCGGAGAUGCUGGAUCUGUCGGAGAUCUUCCACCCGGACAGUUUCCUGAACGCACUGAGACAAGAGACGGCCAGGUUGAUGAGCUGCUCGAUGGACAGUCUGAAGUUUGUCACGUCCUGGAGGGGUCAGAUUGCAGAAGCGAAGCUGCAAGUGAAGGUCGGCGGCUUGCAGUUGGAAGGUUGUGUUUUUGACGGAAAGCGUCUGGCUGAGAGCCAUCACGACUCUCCCAGUGUGUGUGCUGUUCCUGCGUGCUACAUGGCCUGGAUCCCACAGAGUGCCAUGGGAAGUUAUUCUCCGGACGAGUGCAUCUCUCUGCCCGUGUACAGCAGCGCUGAGCGUCAGCGUGUGGUGACAAGCGUUCAGCUGCCGUGUGCUGGAGAUCAUGACACAUGGAUCCAGAGCGGAGCGGCGCUCUUCCUCAAACAGCAGUAACGCACACACACACACACACACACACUGUGAGCGCUUCAUACGCUCACCCUACAUGUCUUUGGCUGCAUAUUUUGUCGUAAUCGCUGCAUUGAAGCUGCUGUGAGACUAAAGAUUGAAUCAGUCUCGUUGCAGGUA